CCUUUCAACUGCAAACCCCUAAAAUUACAAAAUUAGGAUGGUAUCGAUCUUCGACCUUUUUUUAUCCACAGUUUAAAUUUGCAAACAAUUCCAGAUGAAGAUCGUAAAAUCCUAGUUCAAUUAGCAAAGUAAUCCUUCCUCUCCACUAGAAUUCAGGAAAAAACCCAGAAUUUUCACAUAAAAACUCAAAUUACGGGUCCGAAAUAGCGUUUUAUUUGCAGUUCCUGUAAUUGGAUCCGUUUUAACGUAUUUAUAUGCAAAAAUCCUACCAAGGGAAUCACCACUGAAUUUCUAGAUCAAGGUUUUAAUGAGAAACUCUAUUCCCCAUUCGUACGGCACCCAGAACGAAAUUGAACUUGAAGAAAAUGCUUUUGACGAAGAUGAAGAGAUGACAUAUCAAAAUGUUGCUGAAAAUGGGCAAUUGUAUAAUCAUGAGGAAUCCAAGAGGCACCCCAAGAAAAGAAAGUUGGAGUCUUUCGUCUCGAACUACGAGUUUAUGCCUCAAAGGGGAAUGUGGAACGAGGAGGAGAGUUUUGUGUUGUUGGAGGUUUGGGGGGAAAGGUAUAUGGAGUUAGGAAGGAGAAGUUUAAGGGCGGAGGAUUGGGUCGAGGUUGCUGAGAAGGUGUUGGAGAUGAGUGGAGUUGAAAGAACAGAGAUGGAGUGUAGGAGCCAGUUGGAUGUGCUGAAGAACAAGUAUAAGAAAGAGAGGGUCAAACUGGAAAGUGGGCAAGCGAGCAAAUGGGUGUUUUUCAAGAAAAUGGAUGUUUUGUUGAAUAUGAGGACUAGAGGCCAUUGUGGAUUGGGAUGUGGGAUCGAUUCAGGGGAGUAUGUCUUUAUGAAUCCACGGGUGUACUUGGAUAGGUCUAAUGUGUUGGAUGAAAUGAGGGACAGUCCAGAGCAGUCAGACGAGGAGGAUGACGAGGAGGAAGGAUUGGGAGACGAGGAGGAAGGUGCAGAGUCAGCUAAGUUGUUGGCAGAGUCUAUUCAGAGGUUUGGACAGAUAUACGAGAAGAUUGAGGACAGUAAGAGGAAGCAAAUGAUGGAGUUGGAGAAGAUGAGGCGAGAUUUUCAGAGGGAGUUGGAGUUGCAGAAGAAGCAGAUUGUUGAGCAUGCACAGGCUGAAAUUGCUAAAGUAAGAGAAAUGGAUGAUGAUGACGACGACGAUGAUGAUGACAAUGACAAUGAUGACGAAGAUGAUGAGGAUGAUAAUACUGAUGUUUCUGCGGACAAUCUAAGGGGUUGAUACAGUUUCCAGGAUAUUGGGAAGAUGCCGACGGAAUCCCUGCAAUUCAUGUGGAAUGGUUUGCCUUCUGUAGAGCUCGAGCUCGACUAGCAGCACAGGAUGCAAUUGAGAAUAGUUUAUGUGUACUAGAUUGCAAGCUAUUAUGUGUACUAGAUUGCAAGCUAAGUACUUUUUUUCUUAAUGAAACUAUCGGCUGCAUUCCAUUUAUUUAGAAUUUCGGGUGGUUUUUGAAUCAGCAUAACAUGAAAUUCCUGACUUUGAAUAAUGUUAAUUGGCAGCGCUGCUGCAAUUACUGUUGAUAGUCUUUGCAUUGUUCUAAAGAUAGCAUGUUUUGCUAA